AUGGACCCUUCAGCGGCAUAUAUAGGCUGUGGACGAAAAGACUGUAACCACGCCGACGGUCACCACCACGGUGCCAACGCCGUCACUCUUGACGACGUCGAAAAAACAAUAGUUGAAAAAAACAAUCAUGGCUGGCGGCGCGUGGUGGUCAACUUCACUCCGUCCUGGUUCUCCGUCAACAUGGGCACGGGCAUCGCUUCGAUUCUACUCCAUAACCUCCCCUAUAAUGCUCGCUGGCUGUAUUGGAUCUCCGUGGCCAUCUUUUGCCUCAACAUCUUACUCUUUGUUGUCUUUCUGGCCAUCUCCGUGGUCCGGUACACCUAUUUCCGAGGGCUGUUCGUCUUUAUGAUUAAUCACCCUGUCCAGUCGUUAUUUACCGGAACUUUCCCCAUGGGCCUGGCCACCAUCGUCAACAUGGUCGUUUUUGUCUGUGUCCCCGUCUGGGGCUCAUGGGCGACGACUCUGGCCUGGACUCUCUGGUGGAUUGACGCUGUUAUCGCCGUCAGUACAUGCUUCUAUCUUCCUUUUAUCAUCAUGAAUAAGCAUGAGCACGAGUUGUCCAAAAUGACCGCGGCUUGGCUACUUCCCGUCGUCUCCACUAUUGUCGCCGCGGCCUCGGGCGGCAUCGUUGCAGAGGUCCUCCCGAAUCCCGACCAUCAGCUCUGGACCAUCGUCAUCUCCUAUAUUCUGUGGGGGACGGGAUUUCCCUUGGCUAUGGUUAUCCUCGUCGUCUACUUUCAUCGACUCACCAUUCAUAAGCUCCCGCCUCGAGAAGUCAUUGUCUCGGUUUUUCUCCCUCUCGGCCCGCUCGGACAGGGUAGCUUCGCCCUUAUGCAACUCGGAAAGGUCGCGAAAGAGGUUUUCCCCCGCACUCACACGCUCGACCCGGCCGCCGGCACGACCUUUAACACCCUCGGCGUCGCGCUCGCAUUUAUCAUUUGGGGCUACGGUCUGUUCUGGUUAUUCUUGGCCCUGGCGAGUAUCGGUCAACACCGAUUCCCGUUCAACAUGGGCUGGUGGGGGUUUACUUUCCCCUUGGGAGUCUACAGCGUCUCGACGACCACAUUGGCCAAGGAGCUACCCAGCGCCUUUUUUCGCGUACUAGGCACCAUUUUCUCUCUCGUCGUGGUUUUCCUAUGGCUCAUGGUCUUCAUCAUUACCGUCAUCAAAUCCUUCCGGGGUCAAAUCUUCUAUGCACCUUGUGUACAGGUAUACGAAAGGGAGCAAGCCGCGGUGGAAUUGGAACAGUGGGAGCGCAAUGCUCAGAGACAGUGA